CUCUCACCAGACCGAACGCCGGCGGCCGAGAACGCCGCCCGUGCUGCGGUAGGAAGCCGCGGCUGCCGUCCCCCAGCCGCCCCGCCUCUCCCUCCUCAAAAAGAGGAUGUGACCCGGCGACGUGACAGCCGACGAGAGGCAGCGUCGGGGCUGCUGCUUCAGCUCAGCUCAUUAUCGGGGUGCGAGCCAAAGUUUAUACCGAGAGACGAGGUAAGCGGACCGGCUACAGCCUGCCGCCGCAACAGCCUUUCCGGCGUUUAGUGCCAAAUGCCGAGCCUGGUCGGAGGCUGGCGAAGCUGCCCCUGUUCCGCGGCUGUCAAGCCUGAGAGCGUGUGCAGAGCGGCCGGGAUGGCAGCCGCCGUGCCGGGGGUCCUGGGUCAACUGCGGGCGACCGGCCUCGUGAGACGUGGACUUGUCCUCUUCGCUGUCGGCGUCGUCCUGGCGCUAGUGCUCAACCUGCUACAGAUCCAGCGGAACGUCGCGCUCUUCCCGGAGGAGGUGGUCGCCACGAUCUUCUCCUCUGCCUGGUGGAUCCCGCCGUGCUGCGGGACAGCAGCUGCCAUCGUGGGCUUGUUGUACCCAUGCAUCGACAGUCACCUCGGGGAGCCGCACAAAUUCAAAAGAGAGUGGGCCAGCGUCAUGCGCUGCAUUGCCGUGUUCGUGGGCAUCAACCAUGCAAGUGCUAAACUAGACUUUGCCAACAAUGUGCAGCUAUCCCUGACCCUGGCCACCCUCUCUCUGGGUCUGUGGUGGACCUUCGACAGGUCCCGGAGCGGCUUUGGCCUUGGAAUCACCGUCGCCUUCCUCGCCACACUCAUCGCGCAGCUCCUGGUCUACAACGGUGUCUAUCAGUACACCUCCCCCGACUUUCUUUACAUCCGCUCCUGGUUGCCGUGUAUAUUCUUCUCGGGCGGAGUCACCGUCGGGAAUAUUGGACGGCAGCUGGCGAUGGGCGGAGCAGAGAAGCCUCAUAAUGACUAGAGAGGAAGAGGAGGAGGAUGCAAUGCCAAUGUCACAUGGACGAAUAGCACCCUGGGAUUCCCCCCACGCCCCAGGUGCACGACUCGGGGGACGCCAGCGUGACCUUCGUCGUCAGUCUCCUGCGGAAGUGCCGGACCUGUGGAGUUUCCAUGCAGCGUGCCAGUCGUUAAGGGGCGGGCCUAGUCUGUGCUGGUGGCCAAAUGACCCCCCCCCCACCCCCAAAUCUAAGCCUUCGCCCUGGCUUUUAGUAAACCAUGGUUUGCUUGAGAGGGGAAACUUCAGUUUUACCGUGUGAGGAAUGUUUUUUUUUUGGUGAGAAAAGGUGUUUAAGACACAGGUGCUAAAAGGUAUGCUUUUAUUUAUGGUAUUUUAUUCUUAUCUCAUGAGUAAGGAAGCUUUGGAAGGGAAAUGCUCCAGGCAUGUGCAAAAAAUGUUGCUGAGGUCCAUGCUUCUGUUGGGGAAUUUUACCAACUGGCUUUAUUUUAGUAUCUUUAGCUUUGAUCCAAAUAUCGUACGUGCAAGCACAGUUUCCCAGACCCUUACCAGCAGGGGUGUAAACCGAGGUGUUACCGGGAUCCCAUAUAUUAACUACCAGUCAGAAUUCAGCUGACCCUACAGACUGUCUGCACGUGAAUGGGGUAUUUUGAUGGAUAAAAUCAGAUGCUUUUAAAGAAAAAAAAAAUCAGCUUUUCUUGGUGUGAGGUUUUCGGUCUUAAUGUGGAAGUGUCCUCGGCACUGAGCUUUACCGUAUUACCCGGUGUGUGUGACACUGGAGUUUUUAAAUUUUUUAUUUUUUUUGGGCGUUUUUUUUUCUUUGCAGAGCCUUGGAAAACCUGCAAUCUGUGAUUGCUUCUGUAAUAUUAUACCAACGGAAGUGCUUUUGUCACUGUUGAAGUUAUAUCAUAUGUAAAUAAUUAAAAUUUCUUCACUUUAAUUGCCAUGCUUGUUACAAAGUUGGAGUAAGACCGUUGACAUGCAAUCAGUUAUAUGCCUGAGCCUCGUGUCUUAUAUUUAUUAUUAUUGGUAUUUUUGCUGUUACUCAAGAAAGGAAUUUACGGAAUCGUAUGCAGUAUAGAUGCAAACCAAGCAAUAACAAUACCUGUCCGGAAACUUCUGUGCUAUCAGAACCACUUCCCGCCGCUGGUGGACAGCCACCUCACUGGGGGAAAUGCCCUCUGCCAUGUUCAGCUCCGGCGUUUCUCCGAAGCAGGCAGUUGGGGGUGCGGGUUUCUGGUUUUCGUAUCGGAGUUGUAGCGCAACCGACAGGAGCCAGAGCGAUCUGAUGGCUGUCCUGUCUGCUUCUCGAACUGUCUGAAGCUCACGCCACCUGUACACUGUGGCUGGAACGAAGGAAGCUUCGUCAUGUGACUGAAGAUGAAGCAGUGAUUGUCUCUGUCGAUUUGAUUUUUUUUUUUUAAAUUGGCAGUGUCAAAGUGAGUGUGCAUGUGGCUGCCUCACUUUUAUACUGCCUUCUGGAUGACUGACGCAGAAAGAAUAAAAGCAGAAAACUCA